AUGCCGUACGCGUAUGUUGUGACUGAUCCGUCGGUUGGUCCUCUUGUUGAACUGGUCGUCCAAUUUCGCACCCAGGUCGAUGAAGAGCGAUUUUACGUGCCUCUCGAGAUCGCUGACGUGGCGGUGAGCGCUAUCGAGUGGGCCACUGGUCAGAAUGCGAACCGCAACUUGGAUGCCGAGCCUUGCGACAAAUGCGCCAACGCCCGCAUGAAGUGCGUUUUCUCGGAACCCGUCGUUGGCGAUACGCGCAAGGGCAUCCGCGGUUGCCUCUAUUGUCACAGUCACGGUAUGGGCGACCGUUGCUCGCGCCGUUUGGACGAAUGGAUCGCCAAGUAUGAGAAACAGAGCAAGGCCUUGGCCUCGCUUUACCGCCUUCAUCAGCAAAGCGAAAGUUUUCACCAGAAGCUCAAGUCGCAGUUUACUUUGCCAUACAGCCGCGAGCGUGACGAAGUAAUCGUCAAUACGCUUGACCACUGGCGUCGCGAUGUCGCCAAUAACCUUAACUCGUUCGCCAUCGCGGAGGGUUAUGGUGAUAUGGGUUUGGACAAAAACUUCCACAAAACCGUCGCCAAGUACAGCGUGUUCGACACGCUUACUCAAGCUGCCGCUGCUUCCGUGAACACCGCGCCCGCUGGAUUUAUCACCUCGGCUCCCCCCGCUGCUCCUGUCGCUGGCCCCGGUCCGUCAAGUCGCAAGACGAUUAAGGAGCGCACGACUAUCGUCCUGUCUGACGAUGAGGGCGGUACCCUUGACAAUGAUCUAUACCGUCAGGUUAAGUUGUACGAGGAGCGGAAGGCGAAGGACAAGGGCAAGGGCAAGGCUGUCGACCGUUCUCAGUUUUCCUCUUCUUCAGACGUGUAG